AAUAAAACUUCCUUUAGGAUCAGAAUAUAAACAAAACAGAAAUAUUCUAAGUUAGCACCUUCAUUUAUUUUUUUGUCUGCGGCCCGGUACCAAAUGACCCAUGGACCGGUGCCGGUCUGCGGCCCGGGGGUUGGGGACCACUGGUCUAGAAGAUGUGUACCAGGGUCUUCUGAUUCUCUUCCUUAGUGCAGGUGAACUAAAGGGGUCUUCAAAUAUUUGGACAUUUGCUGCCAACACUCAUGAAGACUUGAUUCAUUUUUUAGUAAAACAUCAGUGAACACUGAAAUCUCCAUUUGUUUCCUUGGCUUGGAUCCAUUCAUGCGAGUGACACACUUCAGUUCUGCUGUGUCUGUUCCUGAAAGUUGAGGAAGUGUGAGGAAGACUCGUGUCUUCAUGACACAACUUGAGUGUUUAUUUUAAAUUGGCAUAUAGUUUUCUCUUGCAAAACAUUUCCUUUGUGAAAGAGGAGGUGCUCUGUUUUCAUUUUUAAGACUGAGAAGGACUGAUUUAUAUGGAGCUUAUUUCAUUUGUGACAUAUUUACUUCUGAGGAUCAUACGAAUCAACAGAACUGACUCUCUCAGUUAGUCUGAUUACAAAACCAAAACAAAACCUAGGUUUGUUUUUAGGGUUUUUUUUGCAUUGAUUCAUUAUGAAAAUGAAACAAAAAGCUUUGUUUUCUUUACCGAUCUUGUGUAAAAUUCAAAAGAAGCAUCUUUUUUUUCAGAAAUUUUCGGUCUAACUCCACACCAUAAUGUUUUACAGUAUGAUCAAAUUUUGAAAAAUAGCUGAGUAGCAGACCUAAAGAAAUUAGUGUAUCAUCUUCACAUACAGACAUUUGUGAUAACUCUAAAUCCUUUCAUUGAGACAGGUUUUAGUUAUGACCUCUACCUGCAUCUAUAUCUGUCACAAAAGGGCAGACAACUGGUUCUACAUGUAGCAGGUUUAUUAGUUCAGACAGCUAGAAGUCCACAAAACUAAAUCAGGUCAGGCAGGCUUUGAUCAAUCACGAACAUGGGAUCAUCCAAGAAAAGAGUAGAGUUGUCAGAUUCCAGGUGAGGGUCAGGGCAGGCCAGGUGAGGGUCAGGGCAGGCAGCAGGCAAACAGAGAUGACGCAAAAGAGCAGGUCCAAAUAGAAACGCUCAGUAAUGCAGGCAGGGCGGCACAGACAAUACUUCGCACAGAGUGAGGUUCUGUGUGCCGCUUAAGAAGCAGGUGGGUAAUUGCCAGAUUGGAGCCAUCUGAGGAGCACCCAGGAACUGUGCGCUGGGGGUGCUGGGAGAUGUAGUGCACUUAGUACUCUUGAGAUGGUUCCGCCCGUGACCAGAGGGGGAGACAGAGCUCUGACUCCUGACAAUAUCAUUGACUUUAUAUUAAUUAUUAAACAGUGUUUUCUGAAAAAACCUACAAAGUAAUAGAGUACAAACCUCUGAACCAGUGGCAGAGCUAGAACAUUUCAAAUAUGAGAGGACAAUGGGGGACAGAAGUCUUUGGUAGGGUGGCACAUAAGAAUAAGAGUGGAAGGCUGUUACAAAUAAAAGGAUAAAUAAUAAGUAUUUUGAACAGUUUUAGUUUUAUUUACUCAAUCAGUUUUGGGGCAUUUGCAUUGCUUAAAGAAGCUUGCACUGAUGAUUUUUCAAUCUCAGCCAAAAAUGAUGAUAAUUAAUCUUUACUCAAAAGCUUUUUGCUGAGUUGGCAUUCCAUUGAUGAUUUUAUCAAAAGCAUUAUUCUCAUGAUGGAGGACAUGUUGUUCAACCUCUUUUGUCGCCACAGCAAACAAAGAAAAUGGAUCUUAAAAUAACUGUGUCUUGAUAUCUCUGGUAUUGCUCGCCCUUUUUGUUGCACCGCUAACGUUAGGUUGGGGUCAGUGUUGGAUAAAUUAAUUUUAUUGAGUAACAAAAAACUUCCCUUUAGUUACCUGCUGGCCAGAACGUUUGAACGUUUGAUUGACCGUGUCUCCCGAGCCACUUUAAGUGGAAGGGGUGUGAACUUCGAACAAGUUCACUCAUGAUUGCCGACAGUAGUUCCUCUAAAAACGUGAAUUGGACCAAUUACUGUUGAUGGUUUACAAAAUGGUGGGAGGCUAUCAGGAAGUGACAGAGAAGGCUCUGGCCUGGUUUCACUUGGGCUGGGGUAAGGCAUUACCUUGUUUGUCCAGUAAGAUAAUAUAUAUCAGUGGCCCCAAACCUGUUGUGGGUGAGGUAGUAGCUUCCCAUCAUCAAAGGGAUAAAGGAAAGUGUUGACACGCUAAUACCACGGAUUAUCCCUAAAAAUGGAAUAAUCAUAUUGAAAGACUACUGGGAACACGUUUACAAUAAUAAAAUGAGCAGAGUGGUGACAAUGACUUCCAGUUUCAUGGUGAAGAAAACAUGUUUUCCUUGGGCUUCACCCACAUGUAGGACUUCCCCUUUAGUAAAUCACACUUGUAUGAAAGGAGAGCAGAGGGCAGAAAGGAGAAACUGAUUUAGGGAAGGACGGACUUGUUGCUCUGACAGAAGCAGAUCGGAGCUCUGAGGGGAAACGUCAGCUCAGGUCUCAGCACCUUUUAAGUCAUGAAGCUGCAGAGGCCAAGCGUUGCUCCAGUCAUCGGGGCCCUUUUGGCAGUGACCUUUCUGAGUCCUGAGUGCAGAGCCGCAGAUCCAGAUGUCAAAGGGCUUCAACUGUGUGGUGUUCUGAGGCGAGGAAUGAAGGACUAUUCCUACCAUAACCUGACUGCUGUCCCUUCCCAUCUUCCCCACGACACUCAGUAUUUGGACAUUUCUCACAACCCCAUCCCCAGGUUGGAUGCAGAUCAGUUUUUUGGAUUGUCCCAGCUGUGCUUUCUGAAAGCAACCCACUGUGGCCUCCGGGAGAUUCCCUCCUUGGUGUUUAAACACACACCGGGGCUGAAAGUCCUCAACAUAUCUCACAACAGCUUACCUUACAUUCCAGCUAUUUCACUGGAAAAACUGCAGGUUUUUGCUCUGGACAAUAAUCUGUACAGCAGCUACAAGAUUCCCGCCUCCUUUCAGGACAUGAAAGGUCUGGACUCUCUGCUCUUGGGAAGCACAGCAGCCACAAUGGUGGGUUUUCAAGACUUUGAUGCGCUCACGAAUGUUUCUCUCAAGCACCUGCUCUUGGGGGCAGGAACUCCGUGGCGAAAAUAUGAUUCUGGUUCUCUUGCAAGAAUUAAUCUCCAAGAGAUUUCCCUUCAUGUGUCUUUUUGUGAGAAUUUCACCAUGUUGGAAGACCUUCUCAGGGACUUGGCUGAGACACGAGUAAGGUCAAUUCAACUCAGAUCUGUAUUUCCAGACUCCUGCCGUGUGACAGGAGACCCAUUCUUCAAGCUGAGGACGAUGCCUUUCAUUCAAAGACUCAGCAUUGAGAACACAUGGAUUAACAGUUCAUUCAUGGAGGUUUUUCUGAAGAACGUGUGGUUCUCCCCACUUCGUGAACUCUUGUUUGUUAACAUCACUUAUAAUGAAGACACACCAGAUGGGUUUCAGUUUCCCACCAUAAAUAGUACCAUCAAUCUCCGCUCAGUUACCUUCAAUGGUGUGAACCACUACCAGUACAAAUAUCCCACUUUCAACAUGAGCUUCAAGGCCUUCUCAGAGCUGACCUAUCUGAAGUUUUCAGGCACCGGGAUGAACAUCUUACCCUGCGGAGUCAUUUCAACCCUGCCGUCUCUGGAAAUGCUUGACCUAUCAGACAACCUCUUGUCUGAGUCGGGCUUUUGGUGGUUUCAGUGCUCAUAUUCCUCCACUUUUCCAAAGCUGCAGAAGCUUUCUUUGAGCAGAAACAGAUUCACUAGUCUUUCCUUCAUUUCUAAGAAAAUGCAGCAAAUGAAGACACUGAAAUCUCUGGACCUCAGCUUCAACUCGAUCCAUUUGGAUGGAGCCUGCUCCUGGCCGGCACAGCUGACGGAGCUGAGUUUGGGCAACAACAAUUUGGGCAACACUGUCUUCAAUUAUCUGUCUCCGAACUUUGAAAGUAUCGACUUGACAAAGACAGGAAUAACAGCCCUGACACAGGAAGUUCUGUCUCGUUUUCCCAAACUGGAGCAACUCACACUCAGCUCCAACAACAUCCAGGUCUUCCCUGAAGAUCUCAUUGCCCCAACUCUGCUCAGGCUGCAUGUGGACCAGAACGCCAUCACCUCUGUGUCCAGAGAGGCUUUCGCGGGCCUGCCCAGACUUCAGACUCUGAUCGCUGGGAACAAUCCCUAUUUCUGCUCAUGUGACAUGCACUGGUUCAUUACUACUCUCAACAAGUCCUUACUUCCAGACUGGCCGUUUGAUUAUACGUGCAGCACGCCGCCAUCCCUCUCUGGACAGUCUCUGUUAGAGUACAAAACCAGCAGGCUGUCCUGUGAAGUGUGGCUUCAAGUCGUGGUGGCUCUGCCUGUGCUGACAGCCCUUUGCACAGCCCUCGGGGUCAUUUUCUGUAAGUGUGACGGUGUUUGGUACACAAGGAUGCUAUGGACCUGGAUCAGGAUGAAGAGGAGAGGCAUGAAGCGUUCUAACCUGUUGAAGAAUGCCUCAUUCAGCUAUCACGCCUUCAUCUCGUACAGCCAUCAGGACUCUGACUGGGUGGACAGUCAGCUGGUGCCCUCUCUAGAAGGAAAUGGUUUCUCCCUCUGCAUCCACGAGCGAGACUUUGUCCCUGGUGAGUGGAUUCUGGAUAACAUCAUCAACUGCGUAGAGUCCAGCUACAAGACGCUGUUUGUGCUCUCCAAACAUUUUGUGAAGAGUGAGUGGUGCAACUACGAGCUCUUCUUUGCACAGCACAGAUCCAUCAGCACCCAAAGGGACUCCAUAGUCUUCGUACUGCUGGAGCCAAUUCCAGCAGACUCUCUUCCCAAGAAGUUCCUGAGACUCAGGAGCUUGUUGGAGCAGCAGACUUACCUGGAGUGGCCCAGCGACCAGCGCAAGCAGCAGGUUUUCUGGGCCAGUCUGAAGUCUUUGCUGCACAUGGCAGACAAAGCGGUGGUUCUGAAGGAUGUGGCACACGACCUUUUAGAAAGAGUCCCCCUGCUAACCGAGCAAACAGAACAAUUUUAGUGACAAUGUUUAGUUCCUGCUUUUUACAUAAAUAUAACAGGACAAAAAAAACAUGUUUCGUAUUUUCAGGACUAUAAGUCGCUUUUUUUUAAUUGAUUGGCCAGGGGUGCGACUAAUACUCCAGAUCGACUCAAAGUCCGGAAAAUACGGUAACUGUAGAAAUCGUCAAUCUCUCCCCAGUGAACAUUUCAAUGUGGGCCCCAUAUGGUUUACCUUUGGGCUGAAUUAGUGGGCCCCAAAUGGGUUUGUUUGCAGGUUCCAUGUUGGCCCCACCUGUUUGCCCACACUGGCUUAGGUGGGUUUGGGGCCCUACGAUAACCAGCUACCUGGUGGAAAGCGUAGCAUGCAAACAAGCUACCCAGCGUACAGCGCAGUGAGUUAGCGAGCUCCGCUGCCCAGUGAGCCAGACUACAGGGUGCCCACUCAAGCCAGUGUGGGCAAACACAGAUGGGGCCAACAUGGAACCUGCGAACAAACUCACUUGGGGCCCACCAAUUCAGUCCAAAAGUAAACCAUAUGGAUUUGAAAUGUUCGCUCUCCCUUUUUUAUUAAAAUGUAUAUUACAUUUUUGUUUCAUGAAUCAGAAAGGCAAAAAAAACAGAAAGUUGUGCUGUUUACUAUCAACUGAAAGAGUACACAUUUAUACCUCAAAAUCUGGCAGAUGUGGACAAAAUUUCUUGUAAAACACUUGACGGAACUAUAGUUAGAAUGCAGGGGCUUUGAUAACAUGUUAGAACAUUUUACAAUUUAAGGCUUUGUUUUCAUGACAGUAAAUAAUUGGGAAAUAUAGAUAGAACUACAGCUUGGUCAUUUAAUUACUGUUACUCUAAAAAAAGAAAGUGAAUAUUGUAAAUUUGAUGUAUUUUUAGUACAGAUU